AUGCUUAUGAACAAACAAGUUACUACAAGUGAUUCCUUAUAUUAUAUUUGUCUGAGAUUAAAAAAGAGAUUAGAAAGCGUUAGCCAAUUAAAACCCUACCUAAAUUUAGCAUAUUCGUCAGCAGAAGUAUUAUCAGAGAACCAGGCACUACUUCUGUCUCAAAAAUCAACAACUUCAUCAUCAUCAUCAAAUCAACAUCAUAGUUUUAACUCUUCAAAUGGUUCAAAUUUUAGAGUUAGCGCGUUAUCAAAUUUCAGUAGUACAAGUGAUGACACUUCAACAAAUUCCAAUUCAACAAGCCAGUUAAAUUCACCAACGAGUGGGGCACCAGGUUUGAUAAAUACUUUUUGUGCUGGUGUAUUACCUGCAACAGUUAAUUGUGAUCCUGUUACCCAAUUAUGGGCAUUAUUUCAACAAGGUUCCCCAUUAUGUGUUAUAUUCAAUAUCAUCAAACCUGCAUAUUCAUUACCUGUCAUUUCAUCAGAUGAUAUGAAAACUUGUAAGAAAUCAAUUUAUGAUUUCAUAUUGGCUUGUAAAAAUUAUUUGAAUUUUGACAAUUCUGAACUAUUUACAAUAUCAAAUGUUUUUUCCAACGAAACUGAAGAUUUAAUCAAGAUUAUCAAAGUUAUAACUCAAGUUAUUGAUUUAGCACCAAGUAUUUUCAAAAAUGUGGAUCUAACUGAGGAGUUUAAACAAGCUGCAGCAGUUACUGAUUCCAAAUCAAAAGUUUUAAAAGAAUUGGUGGAAACUGAGAGAAAAUAUGUUAAUGAUUUAGAAACUUUGGUGACAUAUAAAGAACAGUUGUUGAAUUUCAAUAUCAUAUCAUCAGAAGAUUUAUACAUGUUGUUUCCAAAUUUAAAUGAUAUAUUAGAUUUCCAAAGGAGAUUUUUGGUUUCCUUAGAAAUUAAUAACUUGAUUGAUCCUAAAUACCAAAGAGUUGGUUCCGUUUUCAUCCAUGCUCAAUCAUUUUUCAAAUCUUAUGAACCUUGGUCAAUAGGUCAAAAGGCUGCUAUUGAUUUCAUAAAUACAAGUUCUAUGAAGUUGAAAAACAACUCUUUAAUCAUUGGGAAUGAAUUAGAACUUCAAAGUUUUUUGAUUAAGCCUGUCCAAAGGUUAUGUAAAUACCCAUUAUUGUUGAGAGAGCUGGUCAAAUAUACUGAUCCGAAUACAUCAAAUAAUUAUAAUGAAUUGAAUUUGGCUUUAGAGAUUUCCAAAAAGAUUGCUAAUGACAUUAAUGAGAAUCAAAGACGUGUGGAAAACGUUGAAGUUUUGAAGAAAUUAUACGAUAAAGUUGUUGAUUGGAAAGGUUAUAACGUUAAUAGUUUUGGUGAAUUGUUGUUUUUUGAUAAGAUUGUUGUCAAGGAUAAUUCAAAGUCCUCAGAAGAACGUGAAUUUCAAGUUUAUUUGUUUGAAAACAUUAUAAUUUUUUUCAAAGAAUUAUUACCACAACAAAAAAAAUCAUCAAUUGCUUCGUUGAAGAAAAAAUCUCAAACAAAUUUGUUAUCAAAUGUUAAUCAAGAAGCUUUAGGAUUUGAAUUGAAAGGAAGAAUUUCAAUUGCAAAUAUUUACAACAUUAGUACAGUCAAUCCAUAUUUAUUGAAUAUUUCAUGGUCAGGUAUGAAGGAUACAGGAAGUUUCCUCAUGAAGUUUAAAAAUGAAGAAAUUAGAACAAAUUGGGAAUCAUGUAUAAGGAAACUGGUUGCGAACCUACAAGAUGACUAUAACAACUCAAAUACCUCAACAUUGAACAAUUUGAAUUUGAAUGAAAGAAGAAGCAAUGGUAUCUCAAUGGGAAGUAACAGAUCCUCUUACAUUUCAAGAACAAAUUCAGAAUCAACAACAUUUCAAGCAUUAUCUAAUAAUUAUCAAUUGCAUUCAAGACAACAAUCUGAAAUUCCAAUAUCAUCAUCAAAAAGGUCAACACAAGAUUCAAUACAGAGUACAAAAAGAUCAAUUUCAGAAUCUUAUAAAAAUCAAUUACCAAACAAUUCUGUGAUUGUCAAACUUAUGUAUGAAAAAGAUUUAUUCACUUUGAUGACACCAUUGGAUAUAAGUGUUGAUGAAUUCUUAUCAAAGAUUGAAAAGAAAAUCAAACAAUGUGGAGGUGUUAUGAAAGGUAAAGUUAAAUAUCAAGAUGAAGAUGGUGAUUUUAUUGUCAUUCAGAGUGAUGAUGAUUGGUCUUUAGUUAAAGAGAUGAUGAAAGAAGUUGGUGAUAAAGUCUUGAAUGUUUGGGUUGCUUAA